AUGAAGAGCCACGUGCCUCGCGUGGGACGCCGGCACAGCCAGCGUCUGCGUCCUUUAGCGCUGCGCUCGUGCGGGCAUGCCGGAGGCGUGGUCUCGCACGUAGGCGUGGCCUCGUGCAGAGAUGUGGCCGGACUAGGGGGCCCAGGGCGCGCUGCGAGCGCUAAGAAGGCUGCUCCGGCUCGAGCCGGUGAGUGGCGAGGGGCGCGCGGCGGCGGCGGCGGCGGCGGCGGCGGCGGCGGUUGGUUGAGCGAGGCUCCCCUGCAGGAGCGGACGCAGUCUGGGAGGGGAUCCUGCGGGUGGAGAGGGGGCCGUGGACGGACGGAAGGAGCGAGCCCAGGGGCGCGUGGUGGCGAGGGCGGCGAACUUCGAAUCGGCGCCUCUGGGAAGUCUCGGUGCGUCUUGCGGUCCUGCAGCGGGAGCCAGCCGGCCACCUCCCGGGUACCGGAGAUGCUGCAGGUGGACCGGAGCGCGGCCGCGGCCGGAGGGGGCGCGGGGCGGAUGCGGGGCGGAUGCGGGCCGGGCGCUGCGGUGCAAGCGUCGGGGACAUCUAACCACAUCCCCGUCGCAAGCUCCGAUCGCCGGGAGGUGACAGUCGCCUUCCCUGCGCUGGACAGGUCUCAGUGCGGCAGCCAGCACCUGCCGCCACCCACCGACCCUGGAUCAGGUCGGAGUUUGGAAUACCAGCUUUCUAAAAACAUUUCCGCCGUCUUUGAGGAGAAGGGACGGUGUAGGAGUGAUGUCCCCGUGAGGAUGGGAAACGGCUGCUCGGAGUUAGAGGACAGGUCGCUCCGCGCCGCCACCUUAAGAAAAAAAGUGAAAAAUAGUCACUGUCUCAAGUGGAAUAUAUUAUGCCGAUUCCACGUUAAAAAGUGUUUGGUAGCCCUUCCGUCACCUCCCAUGGGUGACGAAGUAGGAACGUGUGCAGAGGCACUAGGGAUCGACGAGUGCAGGCACAUCGAGCACCUGCAGCUCGCCCGCAGUCAUUCCAUCUUCGACCCCCAGAAAUGGUUCUGUGUGGACUGCAACACAACCCAGUCGCUUUGGGCUUGCCUCAGCUGUUCCCACGUAGCCUGCGGAAGGUACAUCGCCAAGCACGCCCUGAAGCACUUCCAAGAGAGCAGCCACCCUGUGGCGUUCGAGGUGAAUGACGUGUACGUUUUUUGUUAUCUUUGUAACGAUUAUGUUCUAAAUGAUACUGCAGCCGGAGACCUGAAGUCACUACGAAGUACCUUAAGUGCAAUCAAAAGUAGAAAUUACCCCUGUGCGGUUCAGAGGAGCAGGGUUUUACCACCUGUGGAUACCCGUGAUGAUUCUUCCUCCUUACACGGUGGUGCCCAAUCUCAGCCUGGAAAUGAAGACCGAAUGUGCGCUGCCCUGUGGCCCAGGAUGCUCAUGGGUAAAAUCUUUCGAACUUGGUUUGAACGGUCAGCCAUUGGAAGAAAAAGGCAGGAACAAAUUCAGGAGAAAGUGGUAGCCAAGAGAGAAGUGAAGAAAAGACCACAAGAGCUGGAGCCGCAGGUGAAAGCCGAGUUGGAAAACACACCUCCCCUAAAGAGUUUACGCCUACAGUGCAUCACUGAGCCUGCUGCCAUAGAAAUGGUUCCAGCGCCGGCGCCACCACCAGCUCCGGCAUUACCAGCUAAAGAGAAAGCGCUGUCACCUACCUCGGACAACGGCAAACUUAGAAAAGUAAGAGACUCCUUAAUCAGGCGAAAGCCAGUAGUAACCCCCGGUGUAACAGGACUGAGGAAUUUAGGAAAUACUUGCUAUAUGAAUUCUAUUCUUCAAGUGUUGAGCCAUUUGCUUAUUUUCCGGCAGUGUUUCUUAAAGCUUGACCUGAACCAGUGGCUGGCUGUGGCUGCUAGCGAUAAGUCCCGCUGUAAGCACUCGUCCGUCACAGCUGGGGUAGCUCAGCAGAAGCAUGAAGGCCAAGAGAAAGAGAAAGGCUUCGCGUGCUCCAGACACCCAAGUUUCUCCUCAGGCCUAAGCUGCGGAUCCUCCAAGAGCCGAAACAUGGAGCUCAUUCAGCCCCUGGAGCCGAGUUCACCGUACAGUUCUCUUUGCCACGAGUUACACAGGCUGUUCCAGGUCAUGUGGUCUGGAGAGUGGGCCUUGGUAUCCCCGUUUGCUAUGCUCCACUCUGUGUGGAAGCUGAUCCCUGCUUUCCGAGGCUACGCCCAACAGGAUGCCCAGGAGUUUCUCUGUGAGCUUCUGGAUAAAAUACACGAACUGGAGACCACGGGAGCCAGGUUCCCCGCUCCCAUCCCCACGUCCCAAAGGAAACUGAUUGAGCAAGUUCUGAAUGUUGUAAAUAACAUUUUUCACGGACGACUUCUUAGUCAGGUUACGUGUCUCGCGUGUGAUAAUAAAUCAAACACAAUAGAACCGUUCUGGGACCUGUCCCUGGAGUUCCCCGAGAGAUACCAAUGCAACGGGAAAGACGCUGCCACCUCCCAGUCAUGCCUAGUUACUGAUAUGUUGGGCAAAUUUACCGAAACCGAAGCGUUAGGAGGGAAAAUCUACACGUGUGACCACUGUAACUCAAAGCGUAGAAAGUUUUCGUCAAAACCAAUUGUACUCACAGCAGCCCAGAAACAGCUUAUGAUAUGCCACCUGCCUCAGGUUCUCAGACUACAUCUCAAACGGUUCAGAUGGUCAGGACGUAAUAACCGAGAGAAGAUUGGUGUUCAUGUUGUCUUUGAGGAAACCUUAAACAUGGAGCCCUAUUGCUGCAGGGAGACCCUGAAAGCGCUCAGUCCAGAAUGCUUUAUCUACACUUUAUCUGCUGUAGUGAUACACCACGGGAAAGGAUCUGGCUUAGGACACUACACUGCCUACUGCUACAAUUCUGAAGGAGGGUUCUGGGUCCACUGUAACAAUUCCAAGCUAAGCAUGUGCACUAUGGAUGAAGUACGCAAGGCCCAAGCUUAUAUCUUAUUUUAUACCCAGCGAGUUAUUGAGAACGGACAUUCUAAACUCCUGCCUCCUGAGCUCUUGUCCAGUAGCCAGCAUCACAGUGAAGAAACCGACGCCUCUUCUAACGAAGUCCUUAGCUGAUCCAGAGUGGGCGCUCAUUAUUUGUAUAUAUACUUUUUAAAUGGGCUGACUUACGAUGCUGAGCCUCAUUGUUUUUAUUUUUUAAUUAUGAUCAGUGCAUGCUACGUUUAGACAUUUUGUAUUUAACUACAAAGGUUUUGUUUUUAUUACAUACUAUAAAUAUAUGUAUAUCAAAUAUAGGCCAACUAAACAUUUUUCAAUUAUUUGAGUUUUAUACUUUUAUUGUUUACCUCAGGCUAUUGUUUACCUCUUAUAUUUUGAUGUCUUAAUUGCCUCAAAUCAUGAAUUUGUGCAAUCUACUAAAGAAAUUCAAGUGGCAUCAUUUUAUAUAUAUUGUUUAUCUUUUGUAGCUGUUUUCUAUAGAUCUAAAUCUAUAGAACAUGGGAAGGGUAUGUUCUUCAGAGUCUGACUAAGAAAGCCAUUGAUAGACUCACUUCAGUUCUGUUCCCUUAAAGGCAAACAGACUGGAAGUCAAACACCAAAGGUUUAUUCCUGAGGCUACGUGCAGAAGCACAAGGCUUGGAAUAGACUUAACGCAGUUGCUGGUCUUUCACUAUACAGUUUAUUGCUUCCGUGAUUGUUCUUUAUCGAGUACAAACUCAUAACAAAAACAGCAGAUUCAUUAUGGUGUACUUUUAAACUUUGGAACCGUGGGCAGUGGUACACACUUCUAAUAAAGAAGUCACAAGAGCUUGAAUUUAGCAAACUAAUAUAUGAUCUCAUACAAAUGUAGUUUAUCUUGAGAAUGAGUUGAUUUUGUGUUUAAUUACAUUAGUAGAGCUCUUAAAUGUUUGAGAUUUUUUAGUUCAAAGGAAUAAAAGUCUUCAAGAGGGGGAGAAAAGCUUAGGGCAGAAGAAACUGUUCAAGACCAGUGAGUGAUUUGCUAUAACCAGGACCUCAUUUUUUUCCCCAAAGUAACCUAUGCGUCAAUCUUUUAUUCUUGCUAGGAUUAUGUAACUACUAGGACCCUCUUAGGGCCAGGGUUACCUCUUUAAAAACACUAUGUAAAAUUUUAUUGAAAGCAAGAAAAUUCUUUUGCUGUGUUCUAAGGAAAGCCCUGGUGCUGCCAGCUUCAUUUAUUCAGAAAGGGGCGCUCCACCAACCUACGAAUCAGUUUCUAACACCUCAAGGUCCCUGUCAGCUGCUGGGAGAGCCUUCGUCCCUUUCCUUUUUUGCUAACAUGGGUUUAUUAAAGCCAGAAAGCGGUCUCACUAGCAGGUCUAUGAGAGUGGUGUCACUUGGGGCAGCUGACAGCUGCAAAAGAGUGUCGACGAAUCACUUGUUCCAAAUACAGCUGGGUAUUGGUCAGGCCUGAAGAUGUGCAUUUACCAGUACCUAUGCAAACUGUUGCCUAAACUGUUAACUGUACCUCAUUAAAGAUUUAUGUGGUAAAGGUACCAAGUCUAGCCUUUAAUUUUGAGGAUUGUUUUUUUGUUUGUUUGUUUGUUUGUUUUCGAGACAGGGUUUGUGUGGUUUUUUGGAGCCUGUCCUGGAACUAGCUCUUGUAGACCAGGCUGGUCUCGAACUCACAGAGAUCCGCCUGCCUCUGCCUCCCAAGUGCUGGGAUUAAAGGUGUGCGCCACCAUCACCCGGCUUGAGGAUUGUUUUUUUCUUUAGUGGGUUUUCUUCUUUUUGGAGACAGGGUUUCUCUGUGUAGCCCUGGCUGACCUGGAGCUUGCUUUGUAGACCAGGCUGGCCUUGAAUUUACAGAGAUCCACCUGCCUCUGCAUGAGUGCUGGGAUUAAAAGUUAGGAACAGUCCUAACUUUUAGGAGCACAAAACACAAAGUGCUGCUGUCUGUCACCACAAAGGUGACCUGGGCUUAAGCAUGUGUUGGGGUAGCACACCAGAGCUAUAGUACUUUCUCACUAGAUUGUGUUGUGAAUCUAAAAUUGCUCUUUAGGGGGGGAAAGAGGAGAGCAAUUUGAAAAAACAAAACCCAAAUGAUGAACAGAAACUUAGAUUUCUUAUUAAAUUCCUGAGAUCUCAACAUGUUGUUUUAAUAACAACAACAAAAAAAAACCAAUAGUUUGGGUUGUAAAUAAUUUACUGAAGGCACAACUGAUAACAGCAAACUAAGACUUGUUGCCAGUAAGAGAUCCAUCACUAAAAGUGACAAUGACUUGGAGGAAUGAAAGCUAGUAAGGAGGGUUCUUCUGUGUGCCAGCUUUCCUUAAACAGCAGUUUUCAACCUGUGGGUCGCCUAAGACCAUCCAAAAACAGGUUAUUUACGUUACGAUUUACAAUAAUAGCAAAAUAACAGUUAUGAAGUCAUUUUAUGUUGGGUCACCACAACAUGAGGAACUAUAUAUUGAAGGGUCACAGCAUUAGGAAGGUAGAGAACCACUAUAAGGCCAUACUACUUCCAGCCAUCUGGGGACAGAAUGAUGCCCCCAACAGCUUUCUAAGUUUGGACUGCACGAAGGAGAAUGUGCUGAGAAAGACCUUGGAAAACCCUAAAGCGCUUCAUUAGGAGUCAGUUUUGAAAAUCCUGACUCAAGCUGCUCAAAUCACCUGCCUGUGAAUCCAGAGCCACAGAAGGAGCCAGCUGGGGAGCAUCCUGCAAAACGUGUCAAAACAGACAUCGUAUUCAAGAGCAGCAAUGUGAACAAUAGCAUUGUAAACACACAGCUGAAAACUAGGUUGUUCCCCACAAAGAAAAGCAGCAUUCACUUAGAGAUGGAACAUAGAAAGAGCAGCUAUUCAGGCAGAAUACGAUCCGGGUCCAUAAAUCUUGUUUCUCUUCUUCAGGGACCAUGUCAAACAAAAUUAAAACCACAUAGCAUCCCAGAGGCAAUACAGCAUCACUGUGCUAAGGCAUAUACAAAUUAAGGCUCUAUCUGGACAAGUAACAAAAGCAAACUAUGAUGGAACAUUUGUAUCAAACCACAUUUAAGAAUCUAAGCAGUUAAAUAACUGGGCUUCCAAACAAGCUAAACUUUGUAUCCUUACAUUCAAAAUAACACCCCUGACUUUAUAAAAGGACCUCAUUUCGGGGGAGGAAGGCUUGAGAAAGGGUUUCUCUGUAAAGCCCUGGCUGUCCUGGAACUUGUUCUGUAGAUCAGGCCUGUGCCUCCUGAGCGCUGGGAUUAAAGGUGUGCGCCACCACGGUGUAAUCUGUGAUGUUAAGAUACUUAAUUUGCUAAGGGCCAUGAAUGUUGAGUAUUUGGCUUAUGAAGAAAAAAGUCCAAUUUCAAGUUAGCUUUUCUAACUAGAACAAGAUCCAAACUUCUCUUGCUUAUGGCUUUAAUGUUUUUGUUACCUAAUUUGUCGACUACAUACCCUAUAAAUAUGACCACUGAGUUAAGGGACUUUCAUUCAUGAAGGUUUUUAAAGUUGGCACAAUCUUUUCCCACGAUGUAUAAAUAAGUACACCUUCCCAAUGACAAGAAAGAAGACUAAUGUUAAAUACGCUUCUACAAAAAAACAAAGCGCCCCUAAGGAGGCGUACUCC